GGCCCACCCCGACGCCCCCUACUGGGGGGUGCCAGACCCACCCCAGGGCGCUGGUGGGAGGCGGGGCAGGCCCAGCACCGCCUCCUGCUCCACUCCUGCCUCCAGCCUGGGAGGAUCCCAGGAUCCUGGGAGGAGCAGCGGCAGCGGGGACAGCAAAGGGGAAGGGCCGAGCCGGCCACCAUGGCGACACCCCUGUCCCACACUCAGCGGCGCCCUCCCUUCUUGCGCCAAGCCAUCAAGAUAAGGCCCCGCAGGGUCAGAGAACUGCAGGAUCCCCUGCCCCAAACAGCUGCGGAGAUCGAGCCUCCGUCCCACCACUUCUCCCCUGAGGAGCGGGCCCUGCUCUACGAGGAAGCCAUCUACACCAUCCUGCACCGUCUGGGCCGGCCUGAGCCCGGCCACGUGACCGAGGCCUCUGAACUGCUGCUCUACCUGCGGGAGGCCUUCCACCUGGAGCCUGAGGAGCACCAGCAGAUGCUGCAGCGGGUCCAGGAGCUUGAGAAACCCAUCUUCUGCCUGAAGGCAACAGUGAAACAGGCCAAGGGCAUCCUGGGCAAGGAUGUCAGUGGGUUCAGUGACCCCUACUGCCUGCUGGGCAUCGAGCAGGGGGUGGGCGUGCCCGGGGGCAGCCCGGGGGCGCGGCGCCGGCAGAAGGCCGUGGUGAAGCACACCAUCCCCGAGGAGCAGACCCACCGCACCCGGGUUGUCACCCAGACCCUCAACCCCGUCUGGGAUGAGACCUUCAUCCUGGAGUUCAAGGACAUAAGCAGUGCGAGCUUUCAUCUGGACAUGUGGGACAUGGACACGGUGGAGUCUGUCCGACAGAAGCUGGGGGAGCUGACGGACCUGCACGGGCUGCGGAGGAUCCUGAAGGAGGUCCGGAAGGACAAGGGCCAGGACGACUUUCUGGGGAACGUGGUUCUGAGGCUGCAGGACCUGCGCUGCCAGGAAGACCAGUGGUACCCGCUGGAGCCCUGCACUGAGACCUACCCCGACCGCGGCCAGUGCCACCUGCAGUUCCAGCUCAUCCACAAGCGGAGGGCCACCACAGCCAGCCGCUCGCAGCCCAGCUACACGGUGCACCUCCACCUUCUGCAGCAGCUCAUGUCACACGAGGUCACCCAGCACCAGACAGGUAGCACGUCCUGGGAUGGGUCAUUGAGUCCUCAGGCCACCACCGUCCUCUUCCUCCACGCCACGCAGAAGGACCUGUCCGACUUUCACCGGUCCAUGGCGCAGUGGUUGGCCUACAGCCGCCUCUACCAGAAUCUCGAGUUCCCCAGCAGCUGCCUGCUGCACGCCAUCACCAGCAUCGAGUACCAGUGGAUCCAGGGCCGGCUCAAGGCAGAGCAGAUGGAGGAGCUGGCCGCCUCGUUCAGCUCCCUGCUGGCCUAUGGCCUCUCCCUCAUCCGGAAGUUCCGGUCCGUCUUCCCCCUCUCUGUGCCCGACUCCCCGGCCCGGCUGCAGGCUCUGCUCAGGGUGCUGGCACAGAUGUGCAAGAUGAAGGCCUUUGGAGAGCUGUGCCCCAGCAGCCAACCACUGCCCCGCCUGGUGACAGAGGCCCUGAGGACUGGCACCGUCGAAUGGUUCCACGUGAAGCAGCAGCACCACCAGCCCAUGGUGCAGGGCCUGCUGGAGGCGGGAAAGGCCUUGCUGAACCUGGUUCAGGACGUCAUCGGCGACCUGCGUCAGUGCCAGCUCACGUGGGGCAAGAUCUUCCACAAUGUCCUCAAGAUCGACCUCUUCUCCACGGCCUUUCUGGAGCUGCAGUGGCUGGUGGCCAAGCGAGUGCAGGACCACGUGGUGGCGGUGGAGUGCCCCAUGUCCCUGGAGAUGGGCGAGAGUCUCUUCCAGCUUUAUGUCAGUCUCAAGGAGCUCUGCCUGCUGGGCCCUGUCCCCUCUGAGAGGGACGGAGUCCUGGCCCUGGACGGCUUCCACCGCUGGUUCCAGCCGGCCAUCCCCUCCUGGCUACAGAAAACCUACAGCGUGGCCCUGGCCCGCGUGCAGCGGGCUGUGCAGAUGGACAAGCUGGUGCCCCUGGGGGAGCUGACCAAGCAUAGCACCUCGGCCGUAGAUCUGUCCACCUGCUUCGCCCAGAUUAGCCACACGGCCCGGCAGCUGGACUGGCCUGACGUGGAGGAGGCCUUCAUGAUCACCGUCAAGUUCGUGGAGGACACCUGUCGGCUGGCCCUGGUGUACUGCAGCCUCAUCAAGGCCCGAGCCCGCGAGCUCUCUGCAGGCCAGAAGGACCAGGGCCAGGCAGCCAACAUGCUGUGCGUGGUGGUGAACGACAUGGAGCAGCUGCGGCUGGUCAUCGGCAAGCUUCCCACCCAGCUGGCAUGGGAGGCGCUGGAGCAGCGCGUGGGAACCAUGCUCGAGCAGGGGCAGCUGCAGAACACGCUGCACGCCCAGCUGCAGGGCGCGCUGGCCGGGCUGGGCCACGAGAUCCGCACGGGCGUCCGCACCCUGGCGGAGCAGCUGGAGGUGGGCAUUGCCAAGCACAUCCAGAAACUCGUGGGCGUGAGGGAGUCCGUCCUGCCGGAGGAUGCCAUUCUGCCCCUGAUGAAGUUCUUGGAGGUGGAGCUUUGCUACAUGAACACCAACCUGGUGCAGGAGAACUUCAGCAGCCUUCUGACCCUGCUCUGGACCCACACGCUCACGGUGCUGGCGGAGGUGGCUGCCUCCCAGCGGAGCUCCCCGCUGGCCUCUAGCAGGCUGAGAACCGCCCUGCAGAACCUGGAGAUCUGCUUCCAUGCGGAGGGCUGUGGUCUGCCACCCGAGGCCCUGCACACCGCCACCUUCCAGGCUCUGCAGAGGGACCUGUUGCUGCAGGCGGCCUCCAGCCGGGAGCUCAUCCAGCAGUACUUCUGCAGCCGCGUCCGGCAGCAGGCGGAAACCACCUCUGAGGGGCUCGGGGCAGUCACGGUCAAGGCCUCCUACCGCGCCUCCGAGCAGAAGCUGCGUGUGGAGCUGCUCAGCGCCUCUAAUCUGCUGCCCCUGGACUCCAAUGGCACCAGCGACCCCUUUGUCCAGCUGACCUUGGAGCCCAGGCACGUGUUCCCCGAGCUGGCCCCUCGCGAGACCCAGAAGCACAAGAAGGACCUUCACCCGCUCUUUGAUGAGACCUUUGAAUUCCUGGUGCCCGCCGAGCCGUGCCAGACGGAGGGGGCAUGCCUUCUGCUCACUGUGCUGGACCACGACAGGCUGGGGACCGACGACCUGGAGGGGGAGGCCUUCCUGCCACUGCGCUCAGUGCCAGGUUUGCCUGGCAGCGAGGAGCUGGGUGAGGUGCCGCAGACGCGCCUGCCCCUCACCUACCCUGCACCCAACGGGGACCCGAUCCUGCAGCUGCUGGAGAGCCGGAAGGGAGACCGCGAGGCCCAGGGGUUUGUGCGGCUGCGGCGGCAGCGCGCCAAGCAAGCCUCUCAGCACGCCCUGCAGCCAGGGCGGUAGCAGUGGAGGCUGGGAGCGGGGUCCCCGGGCGCGAGGGCUUUCCUGUCAGGGUGGGUGGGACCCUCCCCACCACAGCACAGCCCUCCAGCCCAACCUAAUGCCCAGGAAGGGUCCUGCGAGUCUGGGGAGCUCCAGCUUAUGGGGCCUGUGGUGAUAGGUGCACCUUGAGUGAUAUCUAUAUCCCCGCCUCUGCCUCAAGCCCUGGCCUGGGCCUUCUCUGCCGAAAGCCAGCCCCCGGGCAGGGGAGCACCUGUCGGCCUCUCCUGCCCCAUUCCCAUUCUCCCUUUUGGAGAAGGUGCUCUGGCAAGCAGGUUUUGGGGCCCUCUGUCUCUCCUCCUGCCUGUUCCUGCUGCUGGGGUGGGGCAAGCACCCCUGGUCCUGUUCCUCCACACCCACCCAGGCUUGCUGGAACCAGGGCUGUGGGCACAGGGCCUCCUGGGUGGGGGACACGGUCAAGGCUGCAGCUGCCCUUGGUGGGGGGGAGUCCAGUCCCCUUCCGAGGGGACUGCCAGCACCCAGGGGAGGAGCAAAGAGCCCGAAGUCUAAAGGGGUGAGAGCUGCCAGGCAUGGGGCUGGCAUGAGGCAGAAAGCAGGAGGCGAGCUUGGCCAGCUGUAUCUGCCAGGACACUUCCUCCCUGGGACGACAGCACCCACUGCCCAUAAGUUUUAGUAAAAAUAAUAAAAAAUAAAAACCCA